AUGCGCAUCUCUAGGAGGGCUCUCGAGGAUCCCGGAGAUCCGGCGGUGGAGUCGGCGCCGCCGCCGCUGCAGGCCCUGGCAGCUGACUCCGACGUGGCGGUGAUCCUGGCGGCGCUCAUCUGCGCGUUGGUCUGUGUAGUAGGCCUGGCCCUCGCCGCCCGCUGCGCCUGUCUCCGCCGCCACUCCGCCGGAGCACCGCCGCCGCCGCCGCCGCCGCCGACCAAGGGCCUGAAGGAGAAGGCCCUCCGCUCCAUCCCCAGGCUCCCCUUCCACGCCGCCGCCGCCGCCGCCGGUGGCGGCGAGUUCCCUGCCGAUUGCCCGAUCUGCCUCGCCGAGUUCGCCGACAACGACGAGAUCCGAGUCCUCCCCCGAUGCGGGCACGCCUUCCACGUGACCUGCGUUGACGUCUGGCUUCGGGGGCACCCCUCCUGCCCCUCAUGCCGCCAGACCCCGCUGGUCAGCGGCGGCGGCGGCGCCGCCUUGGCGGCGACGCCGGUCACGACAUUAUCGCCCUCGUAUAUUCUCUCGAUGUGA